GUGUAUCAUUGUUGGAAAACGGCCUUAGGAUGUUGACAAUAUGUACUGUGAUUUUCUUAUGGUUUGUGGGAAUAUUGUAUGAUGUGUUUUAAUACAGUUGUUAUGUUUGUCUAGCUGAAUAGAGGAACUUUCUUCUAUGUAGGUGAUACUUAUAUUGCUUACGUCAGUACACGGACGAACAUUAUUCGCUUUACAGUGCAAAAGCUGUAUAAUAUGGUCGUAUCUAAGUAUUUUGAUUCAAUGUUGGUUCGAAGACAAUACAUACUUUUUUUACUGAUCGUGGUUAUAUUUUUGCCAUGGACUGACAGUGAGAGUUUGUUAGCGUAAACAAAUGAAAAACAAUGGGCAAUUGUUUGAAACGUUCUACAACUGAUGACAUUUCUCUGUUGAGAGGAAGUGACAGUACUCGUGAUACAUCAUCUUCAGAUCAGUUGGGUCCUCCGCCACCGUACCAAGAAGCCAUACCAGUAUAUUAUCCAUCCCCAAAUGUUAGUCGACCAGCCACCCAACUCAGUGAAGAAGAGCAGGUGAAGAUUGCUAAACGAAUUGGACUGAUACAGCAUCUUCCAACUGGAACCUAUGAUGGUUGCAAGAAAAACAGAGAGUGUGUGAUCUGCAUGGUUGAAUUCUUGGUUGGUGAUGCUGUACGCUACUUACCAUGUAUGCACACCUACCAUGUGAAAUGUAUUGAUGACUGGCUGAUGCGCAGCUUUACAUGCCCUUGCUGUAUGGAACCUGUAGAUGCAGCCUUGUUAUCCAGCUAUGAGACAAACUAGCGUCAUGCAGAUCUGAAUCAUCAUGUGAAAAAAAUAAAACUAAAGACUGACACAAUGAAGAAAGUUUUCUUCACUGCAGUAAACUGUGAUGGAAUAUGAACAUAAAAGUACUGUGUGAUAUAUUAAUGAAAUGAAAUCAGGGUAAAUGAAUUGGAAACAAUAAAAAUUUUAAGCAAGUAAUAUUUUCUACAUGAUAUGAGUAACACAUAUAUAAACAUGGGAAUUGUUAAGUUAUGUAUAAAUAGUUAUAUAUAAUUUUAUUUAUUUAUACAUAGUGCUUGAUGUAAGAUUAUGCAACCAGGAACAUAAAUACUGUUUAUUCUGAUGAAAAGAUUGUUCUUUUUGCUACCGAUACUGAAUUAAUUUAUUUAGGAUUGUUUUACUAUGUUAUAAUAUAUGCACUGGCCAGGCAGUUAGUGUUUUGUAAACUCAAGUGCGAUCGAUAAAUUUUUAAUUUGGCAAGGUAUGAAAUGAUACUUAAAUAUAUAUAAUUCAUUUCAUUUUGUUACUUAAAUUUUUUACAACAAAGUAAAUAUUUAUGGUGCUUAAGUCACAUGUCAUAAUAAAAAGUUUACGUUUUAAUUGUUAUUGACUGCUAUCAUGUAUAUUAUUAGCUGUAACCAUUAAUGUGUAUUUGUUUGUUGAUUAACACUAGUUUUAUAUGUAAUGUCACAUUUUUUGCUUUUUUUAGUUUCAUAAGAAAUCUUUAAAAAAAAAUUACUUGAGCAAAAACUAUUUUAUCUAGUCCCAUAAUGUUAAUCAUAUCAUUGGCAAAAACAAAAUUUUCACAAAAUGUUAAAAGGUUUUUGCUUUAUGGUUAGGGUUGGAACAUAUGCUCAAGUUUAGCACUUUUUUUUUGUACUUGUAAAGAACAAUGUAACAAGAAAUAUGUUCUUAGUUCCUUUCUUUCCUUUGCUAUGAUACUUGUGACUGAUCUUUAUCAUAUGUAGUUAUUUAAUCAAAUGGCUGGUAUUAAUUUAAAGAUAGGGAAAAUAAAAAAAAAAUUAAAAAUUGGAUUUGGUUAAAUAAAUGUAGAAUUUGGCUUUGGGCAGUACUUCUUGCAAUUUAACAUAGUUAGUUUUUCAACCUUGACUUAUAUAUUAAUUUAUUUCAUGAAAUAAAGUUUAUGUGAAGAAAGAUGAAGUGGGGUAAAUACCAGUCACUUAAGCUGUAAUUUUUAUUAUAAAAAAAAAAAACUGUGUGCAAUAGGAAAAUGUAUAAAAUUAAUAUUUGCAUUACUAUCUUUUGCACUAGUAGAUGUAAAAAUGCUGUUGAGCAAAGAAUAAUGUAAAGCUUUUAUUAGUCAUAUGUAAGAUGUUACCUUGGAAAGUAAAUUAUUUUAAUCACUUAUUUGUGUAGUAACCACUUUCAUAGUUUUUUUUUAUAGUACUUAAACUCCACAAAUUUUUAUUGCAAAUUUAUUUGUUGGAAUACUAAGCCAUUGUCUAGGCCCAUCUUGACCUCCACUUGUUGGCUUCAACAUUUAGUCUUGCUGGACGUGGUUGACCUUUGUUUUUUUAACAGCAUUUGAUUUUAUCAUAAAGACAUUUUUUGUUGUUGUUAAGUAUUUCAUAAUUCCUUGUUAUUGUAGGCCUUUUCUUUUACUCUAAAUACGAUCCACAAUUUAUUUUUGGUAUUGUAGCCUCGCUCUACAUAACUGAAAGAUGUUAAACCAUAAUAGGUGAUACAUUUCUGUUUCAAACAGUCAGAUUAAACAAUGUUGCCUACCUGUAGACCCAGCAGUGCUUGAGAUAGGGUCUUCAUGCUACUUAAAGGAGAAGUUGCAUACACACACACUGGAUCUGUGUAUUUCACUUCUUAUAGGCUACAGGGAAGGAAAUCCCCUUUAUCGGAAAUAAUAGGGUUCAUUGGGCAAAUGUCAAUACUCUGAAACUGUUUGAUAGCUUUUUCUGUUGUCAAUACCUUCACUAUGAAAUAUUAGCUUACCGUGCACGAGGUUUUUGUGGUGAUUAUUUACUGUCCAUAUUUUGCAUGCUUCAUUAUAACUUUUCUUGAAAGUUGCAUAGAAUGCAUCUUAAAAGUGCAAUUAAUAUAAUAUAAUUAGGGGCAAAAGAAUUGUUUUCGGGGGAAAUAUUAUUGAAAUGUUUGUACAGCAUAAACAAUAUGGGAGUGUUAAAUUCUGAUAUGCAAAAUACUCAGAAAAUGUAACCAUGCUAAAAAGUUCCUUAUUUAACUAUGACUUAGAUGUGAAGAACAAGGAGAAUUAAGUCUCUUCAUUAUCUUGUUAAGAUUUUGCUAUGGGUUGGUGGUUAGAGGUGAUCUGUACCGUAAGUACUUACUGCACUCACAACUGUCAAAUUAUUUCUAAGCUGACUACGACUCUAAACCUCUUCUCACCUUUCUUCGCAAUUUUGUGUUAGUUUAAAAUGGUUUUCAAACUUCACACAUUGUAGAUUGUCAUCAGAUAUGUUGACUACAUAUUUAUUAAAAGCUAUAAUUCUGUUAUUCGUGCCUGCGUUCAUCUAGGUAAGUGCUAGGAUGUCUUAUGCAGUCAUUCCUUGCCAAUUAACUUUGGGAGAUAUGUUUUAAAAAAUUUCCACAGUUGACAAAACCAUGCUAGAAUAAUACAGGUUUCUUUUGGAAAAGUGGGGAUAGGUUAUGUUUACCAGCAUUUUGACCUACCAGUACUCAUAGAGUUAUACAUCUUUAAUGGCUGUUAGUUAACCAGUAUGUUUAGAAAUAUGCAUUCUAUAAAGAACCUACUACUAAUAAAAAAUAUUUUGCAGACUAUGUGACUAGACAAUGAAUUUUUACUUCUUUUUCUCCCAGGUUUUUUUUUAACUAGACAUGUAGUAGGACUAUUUAUUGCUGUAACUCUGCCAUAAAAUUAAAUUUCUCAAACUGGUUUUAAUAUUACUACAUAAACAUAAUCAUAUUAAUUGGCUCUUUGUUUGUUUGCCAGUAUUUAUUCAUGACCAAGAAAUUAAUUUCUCCAUUGUCACAUAAAAAUAAUUACAUAAAUGUAAGAUGUUCGCAAAGGCCAUAGCCGGCUAAGUAGGGGUGAGCGGCCCCCACGCGCAUUGGUUCCAAAUUUUGGCCAAAAGUUGCGUCUGAUGGGUUACAAACUCACCCCAAAUUUAAACCUUGUAGCUGCACUAGGAACAAUGAUAAAAUUAUCACUAGUAGUUUUGGUGAAAAAAAAUUUUCUCAGGAUCUACUGGACAUAUUUUUAAAAAAAAUAUUUAUGUUUUGAAUAUAUUUAAGGUGAUUCACAGAAAAAUAUCAAGAACCUAAUCCCAUGAAUGUAACUACCCAAAAAAGUUUUUUAGUUUUCCAUGAUUUUUUUUGGUCACUCGCUCACGAGAUACAAUUAUUAGUUUUCUUUCUACUAGACAAUCGGACCUCUUUCUACAACAUUUAAUUUUUUCAAGCCGAUCGAAGAGGUGGAGCACAGUUAAAAAAAUUAAAAAUACAAUUUUUUUCACAUUUUAUCUCAAUUUUAUUAAGAUUUCUUAGAAUAUAAUUAUACUUUUGAUAAAUUUUGGGUGCUGUCAUUUACGUUACUGGCCGAUGAAGAUUUUCACUACCUCCCUUAUUCAUCGUCGCUGUCAUCAUUGAUGAUGGCAGUUGUAUUCUUCUUUGCAAACAAUUUACUCAGAAUCACAGCUGGUCGUAAAAUCUUGGAGAAAUAUCUUCCACGUGCCAGGUAAUAUAUUAUUGCAGCUACGUGAGAACAGCAACCGACAGUCCUCCCAUUGGCGCAUUCACAAUAAUGACUUGUGAUUCCUUUUGUGCCAAUACUGUGAGGGGGUAUUCAACGAAGCAGCGAUAAACUUUCCUAGAUAUGUGGCGAAACUGAACUUAAAGCUUCAAAACGUUUGAUUUAUCUUUGACGAAUUGUAUAUUUACAUUCCCAGCUUCGUCAAUUAUUUCUGCAAGAUACGAUAUUUCUUGUGAAAACUGGUAUGACCCAGUGAACAGAAUUUUUAGCUCUCUCACAGUAAUUGUUGUUUAAUCUGACUGUUUGAAACAGAAAUGUAUCACCUAUUAUGGUUUAACAUCUUUCAGUUAUGUAGAGCGAGGCUACAAUACCAAAAAUAAAUUGUGGGUAGUUGGAAGCAUUUUACCAUCAAAUUUUUUUAUCAAGGAGUUGAUAUUUCUGUUUGAUUAUACCAUGAAUAGAUUCAACUGGCCAAUGACUUUUUGUCACGAAGCGCGACUCAUUUGAUUCUUGAACUGAUAACUGAGAAUGCCUUCCUUUAAGUGCUGGCAUCAGUACUCGAAAACCUUUUGAUUCUAAGUGAGAUUUCACAUCACAAAAGCCACGGUCCAGAACGAAAGUGUAUUUAAAAUUUUUUUAACUAUGCUCCACCUCAUUGAUCAAUUUAGAAAAAUUAUAUGUUGUAGAAAGAGGUCCGAUUGUCUAAAAAAACAACUGGUAAUUGUAUCGCGUGAGCGAGUGAAAAAAAAAUCAUGAAAACUAAAAUAAUUUUUUUUCAGGUAGUUAUGUUUGUGGGAUUAGGUACUUGAUUUUUUCUGUGAAUCGCCUUGAAUGUAUUUACAACAUAUCUUUUUUUUCAUAAAAAUCAGUCCAGUAGAUCUGAGAAAAAAAUCUUAGCCAAAAAUACUAGUGGUAUUUUUAUCUCUGUUCCUAGUGCAGCUACAAGGUUGAAAUUUGGGGUGAGUGUAACACAUCAAACGCAACUUUUGGCCAAAAUUUGGAACCAAUGCGCGUGGGGGCCGCUCACCCCUACUUAGCCAGCUAUGGCCUUUGCAGGGCAUUAAUUUAAUGGGUUACAGAGGUUGCCAAAACAAGCAAUUUUUGCUAUCGAACAUAUAUCUGGAAACAAAACCCUGAAAAGUUAUAGGCGUAAGCUUUAUGGGAUUGCUCUACUGAUUGAGAGGAUGCGCGCUCGCAACACAAUGGCACAAAUGUUCCGCAGGAAGCAGGUGAUGAGACAGGCUCAGACGUUUAGCCAUACACACUAGCAACCAGCAGUCUGAUGUGCAGUAAUUACGCUUCGUGGUAUGAAACUCCCAGUUUCAGGCAGUCGCUAGUUAAGACGUACUAAGAUCUUCCUAAUAGGUAGCCUACAUGUCUGUUGUGAAAGUGCCUUUGUUAAAUGUGCACUCCUACUGCUACAAUUUGUUUCAUCUGCCUGUACACCAUUAACAUAUCGACCUUCUCUUAAAAUGUUAAGUCUGUUGUGCUAUUGCUGUUUGGCAAAGCUGUAAUCACAACAUUAUACUCACUAACAGUCAACACUGCACUAAUCACUUAAAGCUAAAUGUGUAAACUUACCAUAACCAACCAUCCACUGUGCUGUACACAGUACAGCUAUGAAUAAUUUUCUCAAAAAUAGAAAACCAUGUAUAAUAUUUUUUUGAACUCCUAGUGUUUGGUUUUUUUAAGUGUGGAUUUCAGUCAUUAAUGGAGUGUUGCAUAUGAGAUUUCAUAACAUUGAGCUGUCCACCAAAUUAAUUUUCUCAUUUUUGAUAGAUUUAACAGCUGACGUCAGGGCUUCAGCACUUUAUGAUGCUUUCUGCAUAUUUCAUGCUCAAUGCAGAGUAUCUGCAUAUUUCAUGCUCAAUGCAGAGUAUCUGCAAACAUUACAUAAGAUUAAUUUAGUUGAACUAAUUUGAAAUGUUUAAUAUCAUGGUUUUAUUUAUUGUACUUACAUACACAAACAGGUGUUUAUUUAAAAUGAUCCAACUUUCUUGCUAGAAAUAUUAAUGAAACAAAGCAGCUCUCACUCUGUUUGUUCCAUGUGGCCAUUGUCACAUCACUUCCUAAAUGUGAUUAAUUAUCAAACAAUAGAGAAUAGCACUUUAUAGGUGAUUCAAACUUGGCUGCUUUUAAAGGUUGAUACUGAUUAGAAUCACCCUAGCAUACAUAAUUUUCCCACUUUACUCUAAAAAUGUAACUUCAUGCACUGUAAUUGAGUAAUGUAGAAAACUUCAAUAUUUUGAUAUAAAAUAUGAAUAUGAGAAUGUUUAUUCUCAUGCUAAGUACAUGGUAGGUAAAACUGAUAAACUGAACUAAAUUUCCAAAUUGUUAGUGCAUAGUAAUGUAAACAAGAGCCAGAGAAUACCAAACUUUAAAUUAUUGAGAUUUUCAUAAUAUUAAAUACAUUUUAUUUUGCAUGGCAUUAGAAACCAUAUGACCAAUAUUUAUUUUGUAGAUGUGUUUGAAAAUAUAAUGAGUUGUUUAUUUUCAUUAACUGUGAUUAUGAAAGUUUUAUGUCUGUUAUUUUGAGUUUACAUUUAAUUUAUCAUGUAAAAUGUGACAAGUUUUCAGGAGUUUUAGUUGGUGUCUGUUAUUUAUAUAGGGCUGUUGACCUUUUAUGUGCAGUUACAAAUAAGAGGGUAUGGUGAGGUAAGCAUUGCGAAAUGGUCCCCAUUGCCAAUUUUUUAAAUAAUGUAGAGAUAUUGGUCCACCAUGAAAAUAAGAUACAUACCAUUUUUGGUGCCCUACCUUGAACUGUCCUUGAGAUAGUAAAGCUAGAAAAAUAAACCCAGCAGUAUUAAUUUUUAAAUGCUUCAUAGAAUAAUAUAUUUAUAUAUUUUUCCCCCAGAUUCCUAUGUUAGUGAUAGCUAAGAAAUAAAUAUUUUUUCAGUUUUUUCUUAGCUCUGAUGCACUUAUACCAACCAAAAAAAUUUAAUAUAUUGUUAUUGAUAGUAUAUAUUUUUACUCUAAAAAGUUUUACCAAAAUUGAUUAAAUGUUUUCAGUAAUAAAUAAAAUUAAUUCAUACUAAUGAGGACAUUUAUUUAAUACCACCUCUAAAUUUUUAAUUUCUGAGGCUUUAUUGUUGAGUUUUUAAUAUGAUAGAUAUAAGUAGCAUUCUAUUUGUAUGAGUAAUUAGAUUAUUUUUCCAAACAAUAUUAUAUUAGCGGUUGUUCCAUAUGGUUUGAAGCUAAAGAGAACUAGUUUUUCAAGAAUUUAUUAAUAAAUUUUUGAUAUGUAAAGUUUUUUACUAGUUUACAAAAUUCAAGGCAAAAAUUAAAUUAUAAAAUCUGAAUUUAAAAUUUGCAGUUUUUGGCAAGAUAUUUUCCAUAAUACCUAGUUAGAAUCAAAGUUAUUUUAUCUAUUACUGAAAACGCAUAUCUUUGAUUUUGGUGAACUUUUUUCUAGUAACCAUAUUGUCAGUUUUCUUGGUUGGUAUAAGUGUGUUAUAACCAUGAAACAAAAGUAUUGAAAAAUAUUUAUCUUUUCUUACAUAUCACUCACGUAGAAAUCUGGAAAAAAAUACAUAUUCUCUUAUGCAUUCUGUAAUGAAUGCCAUUGGAUUUAUUUUUCUAGCUCUUACAUGUUUUGAGAAAAAUAAGUUUGUAAAAUAACCAACCAUAUAUGUACUUUUUCGAUUAUCUCAAGGACAGUUCAAGGUCAGGCACUAAAAUCUGUAUGUAUUGAAUUCACAUGGCAGGCCAAUAUCGUGACAUACAAUAUUUAAAAUAUUGGCUUUAUUGGCCAUUUCACCUGCUUAUCUCGCUGUACCCUUUAAAAGUUAAGUUUUAGAACAUAAAUAUUAUGUAUUAAAAAAAUCUAAUAUGUUAUAGUUUUUUUCUUUUAUUAUGACUUUGUACAUCAUUGAUUGUUAUAUUUAAAAUUUUAGACAUUCAGUAUCUUAUAUUGACAGUUUACGAUGUCCAGUAUGUUAUUUACAAUUUUAAACAUUUACUGUGUUAUAUUUACAACUUUGAAUGUUGACUAUUUUAAAUAAAGUGCAAUAAACACCAUAAAAAUUGA